AUGAAUAUAGUUCAUACCGCUAUUGAAACUCGAGGCCCAUGGAUCUCCAAAGCUCUUGGGGUCGAUAAGAGUAUGAUCUUAUGGAAGUUGGAAGAUAGUUAUAACGAUAAUUUGGCAGUAGAGAAUGAACGAGUCCAGAUUUUAUCUAGUAGGCCAAAUAAAGUAACUACCCCAAACACAUUAUUGAGAGCAUUAUAUCCAUCAAAGUCCACUAAUAUUAACGCCUUACCCAUUCAAAAUCGUCCUUAUAGGAGCCAAGUAUUCAAUAACUAUUGUAAAUUAGGUAUACCAUCAAUUGAACCUCAACAUAUAAAUCAAAUAAUGAAGAUACUAAUAAACCCUUAUAAUUUGAAACGACCUUCGAGGAUAGUUAAUUACGAUUCUACUGUAAGUAAAAAGACAGCUAUGGGAUACUUGAAUCAACAAAAGAAACGAUCUCAUAGUAUUGAUAUGAUUAAAAGAAUAGUUGAUGAUUUCAAAGCUCAUGGGUUACCAAUAUCCAAUCAUGAACAGAACCUUAUAUUGUACCAUAUAUUUUACAAGGAUUCACCUGAUAUUCUAGAAGUUUGCAAACAAUCAUUACAAUUGAUGGAUAUGGAUUAUACGGAGAGUGAAUUUACCUGGGAAUUCUAUAAGAAUCUACAAUUGAACGAUAUUAAUUCAUUGAAUAAUAUCAUAGAUAUCGCCAUAAUGCAUAGAAAUAGAAAGAUAUUUGAUGAUGUGAAACAAAGAAUUCAAAGUCCUAACAGAGAUACUUUCAAAGGUGUUCUCAAAGGAUUCAAGCAUUUCAAUGAUCAAAUAGCUUUCAAUGUUACCUUGAAGACCAUUGAUUUCCCCUUGGAUAUUAGUGUUAUUAACGAAAUAAUCAGUGGUUUAGUACGGUUCGACCAAAUAGAUGAUGCUUGGGGGUAUGUCAGAAUGUUCGAAGCCAUUGAGGAAUCAGAUACUUAUGAUAAUCACUUAUAUCUACAUUAUUACGACACUUUGAGGAAAAUCAUAGAUUUGGAAGAUAUAUCUAUCAUACCUAAUGAACAGACAUUCAAACCAUUACUUAACCAUUAUACUGAAUCAUCAGAACUUCUAAGAGUUGUUGAAGUGAUGGAACAUUUCAAAGUCCCCUUAUCCACCAAUACAUUUCUUAAAUUAUUUCAACUGAAUUUGGACGGAAAUCAAUUGAAACUUUCAAUGAAAAAGUUACUUGAAAGCUUCGAACAGAAUUAUAUCACUGAUCAAGAUUUUGCUCAUGGAUCAGGUAACGGGAAUAAAGUGAAACUAUCGGAUUCUCUUAUGAGGUCCAUUCAGAGUCACUACAAGGGAGAAUGGGAUGGUUUAUUCGAUUAUAUAACAGAACUAAGAAGAUCCUCAACCCAUGACUUUGGAAUUAUUAAUGAAAUUAACCAUGCAAAAUAUAAUUUCUUAUGUGAACUUUAUCAAGAUUAG